AUGUAAAUACCUUUGACCUCCUCUUUGCUGAGUGUUUUGUACUUUUUUAUGCCGGUAGGUACAUUAAAAUAGUGAGAGAGGGGUAAAUAUCACAAUAUUACGCAUAUAUACCAGCGGAUAACGGAUGAUAAGGUAGAAUAAAAUGACAGUAUACUUCGAAUAGAUAAAUAUUGUUUAUAGCCUCCCUUAGGUUUCCGUAAAUCUGAUUUUAAAAACAGGCAGCUUGGUGCUUAGAGUAAAAAUAAUGAAAAUAUUCUUUUUGCAACAGUUCCAAACAUACAUAUCACUCAGCCAAAGUUCUAUGUAAAUAAGGCCUUAACGAAUCCGCUUUAGUAAAAGGACAACCUCAAGAAAGGGGAAAGGGGUUUGCCUAAAAGUAUAAAUACAAAAUUGUUGAAACCACCGCGUUCCUUUUCUUCUCCCUUUCUUAUCUUAUCAUGAUAAACUAUCAACUCAUACACGAUACCAUCCAGCGCUAUUUGGAAAAACACAUACUUUUUCAUACAGGACUUGAAGAACCCGCUGCCAAAAGAUUAUCCAUUCAAUUAGGUGUGUCAGCGAUUAUCAUAUUUUAUUUCUACAAACUCAUCCUGUAUCGACUCUAUCUUCAUCCUGCAAACAGUAUUCCCGGACCCAAAGUCGGUUGGAUUCCACUGAUGGGUAACUUUUUUGAAAUCAUGAAGGAAGAUUACGGUGCCACUUAUAAACGUUGGGGAAAACAGUACGGUGGUAUUUUUACUUACCACGCGCAUUGGAACGUACCCCGUGUUGUUGUUACCGAUCAUGUGUUAGUCAAACAAGUAUUGACAUCAAACGAAUCCGAUUAUAUCAAGUCUCCCGAGGUCUCUGAUUUUUUGCGUCGUAUGCUAGGUGAUGGUUUACUGAUAGCGGAAGGGGAUGUGCAUCGUUACCAACGCAAGAUGUUAAACCCGGCCUUUUCCGUCAAUGCAAUUCGAUCUGCUGUGCGUCUGAUGGCAAAACCAGGACAUCACUUACGCGAUACAUGGUUAACAGCUAUUCAGUCCGACGAAAACAAGGUGGGGAAGGGUUGUACAGAAGUUCAAGUUUCCAGUGGUCUCUCGUUGGCUACUUUGGAUGUGAUUGGCUGGGCGUUUGGUCAAGACUUUAAAGCACUAGAGUUUGCUGGAACGCCUCAUCAAAGUAAAUUGAGUCAGGCUUACCUUCAUCUCUUCUCCAGUGAUGUCUCUUUAGUGCGCUUACUAACUUUUCUGUUUCCUAUUUUAAGAUAUUUACCAACAACUAGAAAUAGGUUGAACCAAAGAGAUAUGAAAUGGUUGAAUGAAGAGAGCAGAGCUUUAGUUCAAGCCGGAAUUGAAAGAGCUGCUAAAGCAAAGGAGUCGGGUGUGAUUGGAAAUCAACCAAAAGAUCUCUUAGCUAUCAUGGUGGAUCUCAUUGACGAGGAAACUGGUCAAGGUUUUACCGCCGAAGAGUUGAAGAAUCAGUGUCUUACUUUUUUGGCUGCCGGGCAUGAAACCACUAGUGUCACCUUGAGUUGGGCACUUUGGUUAUUAGCAAAAGACCAAGCUAUUCAAGAUGAACUACGUUCUGAAGUUCGUACUUUGUUUAAAGAUGAUACAGUUCCUUCUUACGAGGACAUAAAUGCGCUACCACUUUUAAAUAAUGUGAUACGAGAAACCUUGCGAUUGAUUCCUGCUGUGUCAAUGACAUUUCGAGUGACACGUGUGCCUACAGUCUUGGGCUCGUAUGUGUUACCGAUGGGCACGCACGUAUUUAUUCCAGCUAUCCUCUCCCAUCAUUCUACCGAGAUCUGGGGAUCUGAUGCAGAAGAAUUCAACCCAAAACGCUGGGAUAACCCUGACAAAUUAGGAAACGCAUAUCAAUACAUGCCUUUCUUGGCGGGGAUUCGACACUGUAUUGGCAGCAGAUUACGCUCAGGCCUUAUCCUAAUAUGA